AAAAUUUGAAUUGUUACUUAUAGGUUCUAAAUUGAAUCGUUACUUAUAGGUACUAAAUUGAAUCAAUAGGAAUAUCAUAAAAACAACCUAAAAUAAAGGCAGUGAAGAGAGUGACAUGCUCAGCCAUUACACAAAAACAAACCUGAUAGUGUUGGAAGUGCAUGGUCUAUAUUGAUUGUUAAAACUACUGUGGAGCAAAUAGCAUAAGAAUUGAUGUUGCCAUGGCAAUAGCAUUUAUCUUUAUGUGCUUGCACCAGUGUUAUUGAUUGUGUAGUUCUGGAUUCAUCCUCAACGUAAUUGCUAACACUUUUAUUCCCCUCUAAAACUAGUUACUUUGUCACUUUUAUUUUAUUUGCCUUCUCUAAGUCAGCCAGUAAUGUUACAUAGUUAAAUAGUCUCCAUACUCCAUAGUAGAAAUUUAACAUGGAUUCUAAACAAAGCCCCAAAAUGAAUAAAUUCCAAGAAGGUCUUCAGCAACAAAGAAGACUGAUUGAGCAGCUUCGGUGUGAAGCCCAAAUAACACGUUUUCGAGUUUCUCAGUGCAUUGAUGACUUGCAGAAGUAUUGUGAUUCCCACAUAGAGGAGGAUUAUCUCAUCAGUGGCUUCAGUAAACCAAGUGAAAAUCCAUUCAAGGAAAAAGGCAGCUGUGCAAUAUUAUAAACUGUUCAUAACAUUCGUAGAUUUUAAUGUGGCCUCAGUUUAAGUGUGUUAAAGAUCAGAUUUUUUUUGUGAAUAAAAUCUAAAAAAAAUAUUGACAUUGGUAAUGUCCUUUUGAAUUAACAAGAUAUAGGCAAUUUUUUUUUUUUUUUUUACAAUUUUAUAUUAAAAUACUUUUGAUAAUUAUUUGAUUUACCAUUUUAACAAGACAUUCUUUUCUCUGUUGUUUCUUUCAACAACCAUUUUGCCAAUUAUGAUCUACAAUAACUUUUUUUAAAGGAAUAAAUGUUAAAAAAAAAAUGUGUAUUCUUAUUUAUUGUAUUUAUUUAGUCUGCAUUUCAAUUUUUAACUGAAUAGCAGGAUUGUUUUUUUCCCCCUCAUAUACACAAUAAAGCAAAAUGAUGUGAAUGAAAAGUAUCAUUGUAUUUACAACCUUCUCAUCACUAUUAUCUCAUUUUUAUGUUGAUAAAAUACAUCUAUUUAGCAGUAAAAAAAAAAAAAGA